CCGGAAACAGUUGUGCCCCCUGGUUGUUUAGUAGCGUCUUAGCCGGCUGGUUUGUUUAUAACUGCGCUCAAAUAAAGAUGGUUAGAUAAAUAAACAUGGUUAGAUAUCUUCUGCACUAAUGCGGAGAGAAACGUGCAUGUGCUGCCAACGAUGCGACCAUGACUUCGACUAGAAGCGUGUUUUGGAGCGUUGCGUUUCCGCUGUUGGUGUGCGGGGUGCGCGCUUUAGCGGCGGAUCCAGAUGAAGCUGAAGUUCCUGAAUUUCGAGCUCCUGAGGGUUUAGACUCGGACGGUGAUGGACGGACUCCUCAGUUUGUUUCAGAGGACUCGGACCUUACGCCUAAACGACAGUUCAAGACUGCAGAGAUCGCGGAUGCUGUGCUUGGGACCGAGCAGGCUGGAAACACGGCCGGGAUCGAAGCUCUGAUCCCGAAAACGUGGGAGCCCCCUUUGUUUGACUCGUGGGAGCUGUGUGAUGAUGAGCGCUGUAAGGAGUCUGACGAGCAGAAGAAUAAAGAGUAUGCAGAGGCUGUCGAGCCAGUGCCCGUUCAGGGGGAUGAACAGAACUCCACAGAAACCGCCAAGACUUACAAAGUCAGCUGUGACAAAAGGAGCGUCACUGGAAUGGAAAACUUCACAGUACAUGUUCUCAACACUUCUCAGGAUUUGAUGGAGUUCCUGAAUGCUAACAGCACAGAAUGCACUCUGGUUCUGUUCUACACCACUUGGUGCCAGUUCUCUGCUAAUCUUGCCCCUCACUUCAACGCCCUGCCGAGGGUUUUUCCCAGCAUGCACUUCCUCGCUCUAGAUGCUUCACAGCACAGCAGUUUAUCCACCCGGUUUGGAACAGUGGCCGUUCCCAACAUCCUUCUCUUUCAAGGAGCCAAACCGAUGGCCCGCUUUAAUCACACAGACAGAACUUUAGAAACAUUGACAUCUUUCAUAGCUAAUCAAACAGGUUUUGAAGCGGUUCCUGAUCAGAUUGUGCGAGAGGAGGAUCGUUUAGGACCCUUACCGAGUGUCCCGGUGAAAAGUAUAGACUGGCUGUUUGUGUUUUCUGUGUUGUUUAUUUUAGGGUUUACAAUGUACGCCAUCCUGCGCACUGACAGUAUCCGCCUUCUGAUCCCGGGACAGGAGCACGAACACCAGGAAUAACACGGGGCCCCAAAUAUACCACAGUCACUUCGUACAACUGCUUUAAGAGCCUCACUGUCCUUCAUUCAUCCUCCAAUAAACACCACGUCAUUACAUCAGCGUUAAACUUCGCAGAACAUCAGCAGCUAAAAGAACAAAUGAAACUUCUACAAAUAGUUUCAUGUUCAUUUUUAUAGAUGUUUUGGAGAGUUUGUGUUAUCCUUAUAUCCAGAACGUCUCUCCAGCCUUCGUUUAGUUAAAUAUGAAUUCUUUUCAACAGCACAGAAAAAUAUACGAAGAAUGUGAAGAAAUCAUUAAUCACUUAAUUAGUCACAUUUUACAGGUUUGCUGUUCUGACCAACUCAAAAUUAUUAUUAUUAUUAUUAUUAUUAUUAUUAUUUUUGUUUGGUGAUAUGUGAUUAUGUAUUGUUUUAGUUGCUGCUUUCAGCUAAUCAGAUAUUGACCCUCAACUACUGUUGAAAAAACAACAACAUACAAACAAAUAAACACUGUUCAUGCCA